AUGGUCAUGGUAGUCCAAAUAAUCGACGAUACUCCGAAAGAAAAAUUAUUUCUCGGAGGUUGGAGGAAUAUUAUUACAGGAAUAUCAUAUUAUAAUGCUUUUACGCAAACAUCUGUAGACGGUAAGGACGUUGAAAAUAAGUGCAACUGUUUCGUACAAACAGUAAAUCCAGUAAAUGUAUCUACGUGUACGUAUCGCGAUAAGUCUAUUCGAACGAGCUACGUGCCUGACUUAGAAGACAGAUUUAUUCGAGUCCGUGGUAUUUUUAACACGGCCACGAAACUAAUAGGAUCGACGAAUUUAUCGAAGGAAGCUAGUGCAAUCAAGAUACAGAGAUUUUACAGAGCUUAUCGUGCAAGAUACGCUACUCCAAGUUCCUCUCAAAAUUUCAUUCAAGAAAGAAACGAUUUUGGAGAAGACUCAAGGCGUCCACUCGAGAGGAUAGAUCUUGAGAGGUUAGAUGGUUUGAAGCCGGAAACGAAAUCCGAUUUCGAUCGGCUCUACAACGCUUUGGACCAAUGGCGUAUUUUGGAGAUCGAACGAGUGACCGGUAAGCUUUUCCACCCGUCGAAGAUCGCCGUUUGUAGUCUCAUCCUAUCGAGAGAAGUAGAACUCCUUCGUAAGAUAGACGCGAUGAAGAGUGCGGCGAAGCUGAAGUUGAAGGAACGACGUAGACGCAACUUCCUCGAGGAGCUUUCGAAACCUGUCCUUUGGAGGAUUAAUCAAGGAGAAUCGAUCUUGGUAGACACGCCGAUCGUUCAAAGGUCUCGACGAUUUCGUAAUCUCUACGACAUGAUUAGCAAGAAAAACGAUUUUACGAGUUUCAAGCGUAUGGAGUUAUUGAUCGAAAUUAAAAAAGAGGCCGAGCCGCAUACCUGCGUUUAUUCCGACGAAUUGAUUUAUCUUAUAAAUCAAGAGAUCGAUCUUUUAUCUCUUAAAAUCGAUGUGUCCAAAUUGAAUUGUCUAAGAGAUCGCAUUACAAUAGCUUUUUUAUUGUUUGCAAAUAAUUUCUUAAAGAGUCAUCAACGAGGUAUUAUCAACGGAGAUACAGAUCGUACUAUAAAAAGAUUUUGCAAAUCCUGCGGUAGAAUUUUAUCGUCGGCAAAAUAUCGUCGUCGUCAUAGAUUUAGAAAUUUCUCGUCGUGCGUUUACUGCAUCGGUUUACGUCCUGGUAGGACUCCAAGGAUCGUCUACGAGCCGUAUCGACGAAUGCUGAGAGAGGUCAGGCGUCUAGAGACGAGUAACCGUUGUCACUCGGGCUUUGCUUUCGUUAUAUCUCCCAAGGUCGUUUAUCGUCUGGUGAACGGCAUCUGGCACGGAAAAUCCGCUAUUUCCGAGUGCGACCAGCUCGAUCGAUUGUGUCUCUUACGUUUUCGUAAUGACGUAGAAUGGUCACCCUGGAAUACUUUACUGUUGACCAAAGAGGAAGCUCUCAAACAUCGGACGAUAAGAAAUCUUGAAGAUUUUUACGACGGUGAACUUCUCCGAAAGUUUCAUAUGAAAAAUUUGCAAGCUAAACUUUCUUUUCGAUAUUUAUUCGAAACGAAAAAAAAUAUCGACUUUUGAUUUACCA